CACAAUUUUAACAAACCAAGCUGAGUGGCGUUAACCUACCUAUUCCAGGAGAAGGGAUAACGUUCUCUCUCUCACUCUGCUCUCUCAACUCAACUCCCACCUAUGGCAACGUCUUCUCACCUUUUAAACCACGUCCUCGUUAAAGAAUGGCAAUCUCUGGUAAUGAAGAAAGAUAAUUCUGCUAUCUCUGAAAGACUCAAAUGUCCUACAAGGAAAAGUUCAAAUCAAAACCAUCGAGUCUCAUGGUGCAGCACAUAUUGUUGCUUAGGAGUCACGAAUUCUAAUAUUGAUCUCCUGUCAUCCAAGGUAACCAUUUCAGGGGAGCCACCAUACAUUUUUGGCAAUGCAAGAAAUAUUAAGCUCAACAUGCAAGUUUCUCCAGAAGUCACCUCGGAUCUAACUAGGAGAUUAUUACUGGCAGAUUUGGACGCUGCCACAGCGAAACUGGCAAUAGGUAUUUUAGGGCCCUUUCUCUCAGCAUUUGCCUUCCUAUUUAUUUUGAGAAUAGUGAUGUCCUGGUACCCUAAGCUUCCAGUGGAGAAAUUUCCAUAUGUCAUUGCUUAUGCUCCCACUGAACCAUUUCUCAUCGCUACCCGAAAGUUGAUUCCACCUCUUGGAGGAGUGGAUGUAACUCCUGUGGUGUGGUUUGGAUUGGUUAGUUUCCUUAACGAGAUCCUCGUAGGGCCACAAGGGCUUCUUGUCCUUAUCUCGCAGCAGGUUAGCUAGUACGCAUUCAGAAAUGAAUAAAUGGUUGUAUUAUUCUUUUUUCAUGGCAUAUGACCAUACAAGGUCUCUUGUGUAAAGAUUAAUGGAUUUUCAGUUUCCAAAAUUUGGUGUUCUAAUUAACAAAUUUAAUUUACAAUGUUUGGAAUCUAAGAAAGAUUAUGAAGUGGAAGUUCUUUGCCUCACUUGUGCAAGAACAUGGCACCUAUAAACCUGAUUGAAUUAAAGUGAAUGAAUAGUUAAACCUAUUAAGAUCUAAUUUUUUAUACUGAAUUUAUUUUCUAGUUUUCCGUGAUGUUACAUAGUUAAGCUUCAAUAGGAACUCAUUGUUAUGUACGAGGAUAAGCCACUCUGAUUGAUACCAAUGCCGUUUUAGCCCACUUUGUGAGGAAGAAAAACCAGAAUAUCAAUAUGUUUAGCUCACAGUUUAGAUAGAUCAAGAUGACUGUGGGUUUAGCAGUGAGGUGAUGCUCUUGUACUUUUUUUUUUUCCUUUUAUGUUCCUUUGGUUUUUGUU